AUGUCCCUCGUUCACGACCCGAUAGUGAUACCGCCUGGUGCGGAGAGGCCGGAGAUAGAGACGGAGACGGCUGAGGAGAUUGGGGAAGAGGAACAGCACGGCUACGAAGACCAGGAGACGAUAAAUACUGUCCUGAACGAACAUACAGCACAGAGCCGUCUGUCGUUAUUCGAGCGAGUCAUUACCACGCAUACACCGAUCCUUGAAUCCCUCUUACUCCAGACGCCGACCGCAGCCAUACUUAGACUCUCCCAUACCUCACGCUUCCUACGAUCCUUCCUCCGCUCGUAUCCGACAGCAUGGAAAUAUUUGUCGUUCCGUUUACUGUACCCCUCUGGCACGCAGACGCCGCUGCGAAUCAUCCUUCCAGGAGCGCAAGACCCCAGAACACCGCGCCAGUCUCGCCAGUAUGCUCUAGACCAGCUGCUGAUGAAUGUGGUGGUACCGUUUAGCCCGUGUUUGAAGAGCCUGGAGCUGGAUAACACGGCGGUGUCCGGGCAGAUUCUCAUUGCGACCGUUUUGAAUCCUCGUCGGGAAACGCUGGAGCACCUCUCUGUUCGUGGAUGCAAGAAUGUUUCGUUGAAGUACCACAUCAUUCCGUAUUUGACCAUGUUCGGCUUGCAGUACGAUGUCAGCAUGGAGGACAAUAUUGGCAGCUCGCCCGCGACGCAGCAUCUUGCACUGAAGAGCCUCUACACCUACCGUUGUCGCCAUCACCGACGCCGGCCUUAUCUUUCCUCCUCCCUCACGCGAAAGGAUUCCGAUUCUGAACCGACCCAUGAACUAGUGAAUCUAUGCCAUAAACUUGGGAUCUGGACCGAUACGGCGUGGUGCUCGACCCCGGCUGGGAGGUGUUUCCGGAGGAGAGGGUAUGUCGCUAUGCGCGCCCCUCAGGGCACGCCGGAUGUGUGGGUGGUGUUUGAUCGGCUGUGGAGGUCGAAGAAUUGGAUUGGUCAGGUUGAGGGCUCAAGCUAUAGUCCAACCCAGAAGGAUGGAAAAUUAUGGGAACACGAUGAAACUGGAUGCUAUGGUGAAGCUCUUGGUACCGGGGAGAAGAGAGAGCUGGGCGAGGGGAAGAUGUUGCCAGCACACCUGCGUCGCAGCCACAGUCGCUUUGUUGAAAACAUCCGCUGUGACAAUUGCUGCGAGGUGAUCCCGGAGAGAUGCGAGCAGUGCAGUAUUCUGAUGCAUUGCGUCGGAUGUCGCAAGACACUCUGUGCGAGCUGCGCGUACGAACGGCCAUACCUUCAUGCUCAUUCGCCGAAGAAUUCAACGACGAGUACGCCUGCUGGAACUUUCUGGUGGGCUCCUGGAGCGACCAUUUCGCCAUGUUCGAUGCAUGAUCCCGCUGAGAACACCGAUGACCCUGCCACCCAGCCCAACGCCACUCUAUCGUAUCCGGCGUUGAAAUUUCACUGGUGCUGCACCGAGCCGAUCUUCUCCGGUGGUGGUGGUAUCAGCAUUGGUACGCCGAAUCGCGAUGUCGACCAAGUCCGCGCGGCUCCUUUACCCCGUGGCCAAGGCUGGGAGGAUCUCGAGUACUCGGCGCAGGAAUGGAGCAAAUCAUUCCCCAAGUAUGCGUACGGCGACCCUCGCAACCCGGAUUAUAGCCUUGAGGCUGGCCACAUUGCGAUGAUGAAGUGGCUGCUGGGUCCUCCCGAUCGACAGCCUUCUUCUUGCCCUCGGAAUCUCUGCAAAGAGUGCUAUGACACGCCCCAGUGGAAGGUGCAUUGCAAGACUUGCUCCAAGCCGUUGUGCAUAGAGCAUGAUUUGCGUGGGCUCCGUCUACGGAUAUGCGGAUAUCGUGAUCUCACCUUAGAAAAGCUGGCUAUACAAAACCGGACCGAGACCUCGAGCUCAGUCACUCAAGCAGAUGACUCGGAGGCUUUCCAAAACGCCGCAGCCACCGGUUUCGACCUCCCAUAUAGAACCCAGCGGACUGUCGAUUCCACCACGAGCAGUUUUACAGAAGACCACCACAUUGCCGAAGUCAACCCGCAACCUCCUGCAGCAUCCAGUUCCGCAAUACACCGCCGUUCCCGCAGCAUAUCCGCUUCGAACUCUAAUCGGUCCCGUUCUUUAUCUCCUUCCAUCUACUCUGAUUCUCCAGUAGAACAGCAAAUUGCAAAAUGGCAAGGCUGUCAGUCCUUCUUCUGCCCACAGUACCGCCCAAUCGGAGACCAGCGCCAACGCUGCGCCUGUGUCUUGCGCGAAUGUACCGGCUGCUCUGUUUAUGUCUGCCAGGACUGCGUAACUCGCAACCCACCUUGCAAAUGCUCCUACUGUGAAGCGAACUACAUGUGCCCGAACUGCGCAAAACUCCGAGACCGCGACGGGACCUGUCGUCGCGCAGAAGAAGAAAAGGCCCAGCGCGAGCAGAAACUGCAGCGAGAUAUGCAAACACUGGAGCGGAUUCUGGAGACCAAGCUCGCUAACGAAGUUGCGGAGUACGCGGGGCAGUUCUUUGGCUCCGUUGAUCCUUACAGCUCGCCAGGUCUUCUCGACGAGGGUGGCGCAGCUGACGAAGAUGAAGAUGAGAUUAUCGAAGAUGGCGACGACGCCCCUCCUCAUCCUUUGGCUUCAUCUCCACACCAAGUGGAUGUGCAUGAGAGCCUCCAGCUUCUCCUCAUCCAAACACUGCUAGGCUCGAAUGAGUAA